AUGCUGAACGCGCCUACCUCAAGCGAGCGUGCUUUAGCAGAAGAUCAGAUUACGUUGCCUUUUGUCCAUCAGAAGGGGUUCGAUUUCGAGGCGAUGUUCAGCAUGAUGGUGCUUGGCUUCUGCACCGGCACGAAGCUCAGCUUCGCUCGUGUUUGCGUUGGCACCUACCAGGACUCGCUUGGAGAUGCUGGGCUUGACUUGAGCAUGAGGGAUUUGAUUCAAAGUCCAGUCGUUGUGUACACACUGUUCCAGGAGAAGGUGUUGGGAAAGACUGGUUGCUUUUUCCCAGAGGGAAAGAUCAUCAGCAAACAGAUUCGGGCUGAGUCUACUUUCUGUCGCAAGGCCGGUGAGUGGCAUGAUGUGCGGGGCGGUGGCCGUCUUGUUCGCGAUGUCCAGGUCUACCCGCGACACAUCCGCGAGACCGAGACCCAUCAGCACAUGCACAGGACUGCGGCCGUGAAGCACCAUUUACGCAAGAUGGCCGACAGACAUGAGAUGCUGAGCACCUACGAGCACGACUUCGGCUUUAUGACGCGGCCGAAGCCCAGAGAUUUCUCGGAGGUGCCAGCCCGGACACAAAGGAACCUCUCCGAGCCACCGUCUCGUGCAAGCUCUGCCCGCUCGCAAGCGGGAUGGACUGGUGAGUACGGGAUUGAUUCGACGACUCAUCCGCAGUUCGCCAAGACAGAAUCGAAGCUACAGGGGUUCCAGAGCUCAGCUCCGCUGCGUCUUUCUGUUGCGGGUUGGGGCGAUUGCCGCUGGAGCCCAAAGACACAUCCCAACAUGAUCAUGGGCAUGACGCAGAAACGGAUCACCCUCCAGCAGACCACCAACAUCAUGAAUCUCAGGGCGCCCGAUCUACCCUUUGUGAGUCGCUGA